GGAGAUCAAGAAAGAAAAACAGAAUCGGAAUUAGGACCAAGCGCACCUGCAGGCACUGGACGGGAGUCUAUGGCACAGAAGGUUGGCGAAGGUGCGGAAGAACACACAGGAGGCAAUCAUGCAAAUACAACAGGUGGUGUUCAAUUGCAUACGGAAGGGCAAAAUGAACAACCUAGAGAUGACCUCCUUAAAGAAAGUAAUCAUGUUGAGACUUCAAGUACGGCAAAUAACCCAUCUGUCUCUCACUCUGAACGUGAGGCUUCUUCUUCUUCAAGCACAAUAUCAACUCCCGCACAAGAUGUGCCUGCUCCCAGCGUAACAACAACAGCAACAGUUACCAGCACACAGAAUGCCGGUGAAGGAGCAACAGCAGAAGAAUCUACUGCAAAAGUGAGUGAACUCUCGGCGACCACACCGUCUGCUAAUACUAAUACUGUCUCGUCUGAGUCUCCGGAUCAAACGAGUCAAAGUGGACCCAAUGAUCCUACGGAACAGUCUUCUUCUUUAAGCAUGAACACUACCACAGAAGCACCAACCACCACUCCAUCUCCUGUUACUGUACCCAAUCCACAGAUCAACAACAACAUCACUUCCGCCGUACAGAACAAGGCCAAUGUUGACAGCAGUGUCAGUCCUGUGUGGAUGCGCACUGCAGCACCGCUGAUGAUUGUGGUUGUGUUGUUCUCCGCUACCGUGUACUAA